UUUACUUUCGGUUCUCUGGUCAGUAUUUUUGGCCGUCGUUGCCACUCCGGUUUCUUGAAGUCUGUUUUUUUUUUUUCUUUGAUGUAUUUGGCCCAUGGGUCUCGCUCCAAGUCUCACUCCUUUGGAUUUAGCCACCACAUCGAUGAAUUAAGUUGACUAAGAUGGAUGCAAGCUGUUGAGGAGAGGUCAAAGGGAGGCGGAAUUGCAGAUUUUGCAGGUGGGACAAAGCUUUAAAAACAUCAUAUGUGACUGGGUAAAGCAGGAAUGCAUUGUGAGGUGGAUUAUCCAAAACACAACAUGGAUUCCUAAAUGUUUUUAUGGAGAUAUAUAUUUUCUUGUCUAAACAAAGAAUAGGUGCUGGUGAGAGCAACAACCCUACACCUUUAGUGGGUCAUCGGCUGAUCAAAUAGGAUCAUCUCUUCUUGGGACUAAUGCAGAUGGUCUCCAUCGCUCAGUGAAAUGGAGACAGAGCCGUGUUGUGAAGAGCAGAGGGGUGGUGUGUUGGAUCCCACAGAGCCCGAGGUGGCGGAACGCAUUUCUGAACCUGCAGACUGCGAUCCUCUGAACAAACUGCCUUGUGGGCCUCCAGAACAAGGUGAAGAACUCUGUGGGAAAGACCCAUCUGAACUCGAGAACCAUGCAGUCGAGAGUAAAGACACGGAGAUAAAUAGCUUAUCCAACUGCGAGCAAGAGAGAGGACAAGCAGAAUGCAAGGUAGAGAAAAAACUGAAGAAAACAAACAGCUGGAAGAUGGUUCGGUUUCAAGACCCCUCGACAGAAGAAGAUGUUGUGGAGAGGGACAGCUCAGCAGAGAUUCUCUUUCCAGAAUACGCUGUGGAAGAAUGGACAUGUGCUCAGUUUGAGGAGCUUUUCGCGGCAGAGGACUGGGAGGAUAUCACAGAGGACCGGCUGUUGAGGAAGAAAAUUCUGGAAUCAGGAGACGAACAGGUCCCGCGCUCCACCUGGGGUCAAGAGGUCACUGUGAAGAUGCAGGGCGUUCUUGAGGACCGAACUGUGGUGGAGAAGGACUGCAAACUUGUCUUUGUUAUUGGAGAAGGAGAUGUAAUACAGGCUCUAGAGGAGUGUGUCAUGUCCAUGCAGAAGGGGGAGAUCACAUUACUGCUGGCAGAUUCCCAGUAUGCCUAUGGACUUCUGGGAAGAGAACCUGACAUCCCUGCAUGGGCUCCACUACUCUACCAACUGCAGCUGCUGGACAUCAGAGACAAACCGGAUCCGGAAACUCUGCCCAUCGCCGACCGCAUCCGCGUCGGCAACCAGAAGAGAGAGCGAGGAAACUUUCACUUCCAGAGAGAGGAGUACAGCCUGGCUGCCAGAGCGUAUUAUGUAGCUCUGGAGGUGCUGACCACACACAGCCAAGAUGGCAAUGAUGUCGGCAUGAAGGAGGAGGAGGAAGAGGUGCGGGAAUACCGGGUGAAGUGUCUGAACAACCUGGCCACCGCUCAGCUCAGACUGGAGCAGUUCGACGAGGCACUGCACACCAGCCGGGACGUCCUGACCCUCCAGCCCAACAACGUCAAGGCCCUUUUCAGGACCGGAAAGCUGCUGUCCGAUAAGGGUGAAUACAAAGAGGCCAUGGAGGUGCUAAAACAGGCCUUGAAACUGGAGCCAACCACCAAGGCAAUCCAUGCAGAAUUGUCCAAACUUGUCAAACGACAAUCGGGAGGCAAAGAUAUGCAACAGUGGAGAAUCAAGCCAGCAAAGGUGCUCGGAGAUGAUAUCACACCAUUCCUUAUUCCUACUAAGAAAAAGUCUUCAGGACUUUCCUGGAAGUUCAUCCUGGGAGCUCUGGUGGUGGCCUUGGGCAGCUUGGUGACAUCUGUGAUUAUGACCGCAAGAAACUAAAAAUCCUCAGC